CAUCGCAAUCGCAAGAGCCAUCGGUCCGCCGGAGUCCAGAACCGCGUGGGGGUCUUCAAUCAACUGAAUCCGAAUCCGACUCCGACUUCGAGAAUCCGAUUGAUCAGCCGCCGGCUUACCUGACCGAUAAUGUGAAUUUUGAAUGGGCGAAGUGUUCGUCGUCACGCGGCCAAAAAUACGAAUAAACAAAUACAAAAAUAUCAAAUAUAAAAUACAAUGAAUGUGAAUGAGUGGCUGCAGCCGCGUAUCCGUCAAUUGCAGUUGUAGUGCACUUAUAAAGUAUCCAAUUAAAAAGGGCUCCUCAGACAACAAUAAUAAAAAAUACCUACUUGGCAAUAAAAAUAUUAACGGCUUUGUGUCAAUAAAACAAUGCGGAAUGUGCUGAUAUGAAAGCGUAGGACUGCGCAGGAAAAGCGAUUGCAUUAAGUGAAACGAUGACAAAAGUUGGGCCUUACUCAAGCUCCUACUCCUGCUUCUGGGACAUGGAAGGAUAUGGAUGGGCUUAGGGAGGCUGUUCGUCGGAGAUAGCUCUACUCGAUAGCGGACACAACCGGCCGAUCCAUGGCUAUCAACUUGCAGCUGAAUAAUUUAAGCGCCAUUUACCCAUCGCUCAUGUAUGUGGCCGCCUCCUCCCUGCGGGGAUUGGGAUCGGGUCAGCCGGAAAACAUAUCCAUCGUCUACGAGGAUGCGGCCAACGGGACUGGGGGCGUUGUCCCGGGGGCCAAUGGAACUGCUGGUGGCUCGGAUGCAGUGCCUCUCACCGAACCGGGACCCACCCAACCCGUGACCACAUUCAAUUACUACAACGAGUCGGCGGCGGCAGCAGAGUGGGAGCAUUUCUACGAUCUGGUGCUGUCCUGGCAGGGCAUAAUACUGAUUGCCGUCUUCGCCACCUUCAUCGUGGUCACCGUCAUCGGGAACACCCUGGUGAUACUGGCCAUACUGACCACUCGCCGCCUCCGCACCAUCACCAACUGCUUUGUGAUGAGUCUGGCCGUGGCCGAUCUGCUCGUCGGCAUCUUCGUGAUGCCCCCCGCCGUCGCCGUCCAUCUUACAGGCUCGUGGCAACUGGGCUGGGUUCUCUGCGACAUUUGGAUCUCCCUCGACGUGCUCCUCUGCACGGCCUCGAUUCUCAGCCUGUGCGCCAUCAGCGUGGACAGAUAUUUGGCCGUGACCAGGCCGCUCACGUACUCCCGUAAACGACGCUCGAAACGAUUGGCCCUAAUCAUGAUCCUAAUCGUCUGGCUUCUGGCCCUGGCCAUCACAUGCCCCCCCAUCUUGGGUUGGUACGAGCCGGGACGAAGGGACCUGCGGGAGUGCCGGUAUAACCAAAACGAGGGCUACGUCAUCUUCUCGGCGAUGGGCUCCUUCUUCAUACCCAUGGCAGUCAUGAUUUAUGUGUAUGCAAGAAUUUCCUGUGUCAUUGCAUCCAGGCACGACAAUAUGACCGACAUAAGUGUUCACAACAAGAAAUUCAAGCGCUACACGGCGGCGGACGUGGAGAACGAGCUGUCGGAGCAGGAGCAGCACAGCUCCGUGGGCCACCGCCAGAGGCAGGCCACCUCGCGCACCUUCUCCAACCAGACGAUAGCCAAGGAGCUGCACGACAUGAUGCUGAGCGACAGCGACAAUUGUGCUCCAGUGGGUGCAGGCGGCGGGGGAGGAGGAGGAGGAGGUGGAGCAGCAGCUAGUGCCACCACCCACUGUCAAUCCCUGCUGGCCCUGCCCUCCAGCGGAGUCUGUGCCAAGAACGGUUGCUAUGAACUCACACGGCCCUCCUCGCUGAAGCGCACUUCCACCGCCUCGACGACCAUCACCACAAUGACAAGUGGCAUGGGGCCGGGCAGCGGUCUCCUGGACGCCCAGUGGCAGUCCCAGCCCCCGGGUCACAACCAGGCCCAGUCGCAGAUCCAGACACAGACCCACUCUCUGUCACAGCCACCGCGCCCACAUAGCUUUCGGCACUCGCACGGGGAUCGGGAUCGGGAGCGGCUGAGAAGCCAUCACCACCAUCCUCAUUAUCAUCAUCAGGCGGGUGUGACCGCCACCACGACAAGCGGCAAUGCCAGUGCCAACACCAACAGCAAGUCCCUGUCCAAUCGGAUUACGUCGCUGAAGAAGGAGAACAAAACCACGCAGACACUGAGCAUUGUGGUGGGUGGCUUCAUUGCCUGCUGGUUGCCCUUCUUCAUCAACUAUCUGAUCACCCCGUUUCUGGCCGAGCACCAGGCCAGCCAAAUGUUGGCCAAGGCUUUGACUUGGCUGGGCUGGUUUAACAGUGCCAUUAACCCCUUCAUCUACGCCUUCUACAGCGUCGACUUCCGGGCGGCCUUCUGGCGCCUCACCUGCAAGCGGUUCUUCAGCGCCGGUCAGAAGCCGCAGUUCCCCACGAACACGAUGUCCAUCAGGCGAUAGGGGAGCAGGCCAGGACCCCCCACCCCUCUCAACACUCACCCCUUCAAGCCCUGAACAAAUUGCCAGCGCAUAACAUAUUAUUAACGUAUUCAUUAACUUUAGGCGAGCGACAAGGUGUGGUCCGUAAUUGCACCUCCACAACACGUCCACCCAAUGGCCAUGUGUAAUUGUUCUCUUGUUUUGCGUAUAUUUUAUUUCAUCGUCAGGGUUUGCUUACGAUUCUGGAUCAUUUUGCCACUUAAGGGUCGACUUUCGUCCACCAGGAAUUUCACUGGUUUCAGUUGACCUAUAGAAACUGCCCCACAUCCAUAGGCAGUCCACAGUUGAACUUCUCUAAGUCAAUCACUCACAAUCAUUUAAUUAAAUUGAGAAAAUAAUUAUUAGCUUAAAGCUUCUCAGGCUCUUUUGAAACUUAUAAAUUACUAUUAGGUUUGAAUUAGAUAUUACUGUACUCAGUUUUAGAUUCUCAAGACAUGGAAAUAAUUAAGACAAACAGUCUAUAAUAUAGAACAACAAAUAAUAUGUAAAAUAUAUUAGCACAUACUAAGUACAGGUUUAUCUAUCUAAUAGCAGAAAUCGAAAUAAAUUAGGUUCUUAAAGAAAUUUUAUAAGAUUCUUGCUCAGCCACAAUUCAGAUCGAAAGUUUAUCAUUGAAAAGUGAAAAGAAUAAGAACUUCAACUAUUGAGUUUUGAAGAGUUCGUUUCCGUAACACAAAAUUGACUUUGCGAAGUUCGACUUACGGAAGUUCAACUGUGAACAAAUUGCAAUACAUAUAAGCGACUGCAGGCCACGACUUCGAGGUAUUUCUGCAGCCAGAAUUUUGCAUGCGGAACCCAUGAAAAAUCUGAUACGCGGCAGCACGUAUCGAUUUAGUAAUUUCCGUGCGACUUUUCCGACCAGCGGGCGGCGCCUUUAAACUGGCAACAUUUCCUUGGAUGUUGGCUUUUUGCUGGGGCGCCGAGACAACCCGACUUGGCCACUGGCAUAGACAGUUUAGAUGGAUGAGAAAACUUGUUUAUAUGGCUCACCGAAAUUGCGCACAUUGCUCAUACUCUGAAAUUCAGCCGCGUGCUUGUGGGGUGGGCGGUUACCUUUCCGUGGUGACCCCGACCGACGUCCAAACGAGUUCCGCAUUCCCUUUGCCAAUUUACGAUGCAGCCAGUCCCUAUCGCACUUGAAUUUAGUGCUGGCAAAUAUAUAUCUCUAUAUCCUAUGGCUGAUAUCAAGGCACCAUAAACUCCAGAGAUAGAAGUUGAUUGAUUUACAUACCUAAUAUAGGUUCUGAAAUCAGUGGAAACCAAAGGGUGGAUCAAGUCGAGCAUUAGCUUUAAUCAGCUUUAUCGGAAUGCCAGUUAAAAACAGUUACUGUGAUUUAGUUUAUAGUUGGAGUCAGUCGUCUGGAACUUCAAGAGUUUUCCUUUAGUCUUAAUAGAGUGUACAGUGUGUGUGUGUGACGAAGUGAAAGAGUAUGUGCGAAUGAGGUACUAAAACAUGUAAUUUAAGGUAUAAUUUAUUCAGGCCAUCAACAGCUAAGCUAACCCAAAUAGGACAAAAUUUCAUGUUGUACGAAGCAAUCUACUUUUAACUCCAUAAACGCAAUCAAGCAAUGCUACGACAUACAGAUUAAGUCAGACGAACGCUCAUCAGCAUACGUACACGUACUGUAGCUCAUCCCACACCAUCCUUUUUCCGAGGAGCGUCGGUACCUUCAAUCCUUCUGAAUUUCAGCUCACAUGUCAGGCCUAACAAGUCAAACAGAUGCUCCGGGUGAGAGGGCUUCCGACCCGUCGGAAAAGCAAACACGGCGGAUGGAGCUCAUCAUCGCACGCCCGUCUAUCAUCUCGCAUCUCACAUCUCACAUCUCUCAUCCCGGCCGAUAUCAAAUACAUAAUCCGCAUAAUCUGCAUAUAUAUUAAUAGUUGUGUGUACGAACAGAAUAUUUUUUG